ACAGUUAAUUUACCAAAAUAUUAAAACUGUCGAUGGAGCCCUUUAUCUAGCGUUCGUAUCACUGUGUGUUACGACUCCAGAAAAGUUCAUUCUAAUGGGGAGGAAAAUCCCUAACACUAACGACAAGCUGUUGGGACAACUCAGGGAGGUUCAUUACGGUGGAGACCAAAACACUCAUAACAUCCAUUCAAACACAGUCCACAUAAAAACAGACAAGCUGUUGGGACAACUCAGGGAGGUUCAUUACAGUGGGGACCAAAACACUCAUAACAUCCACAUAAAAGCAGACAAGCUGUUGGGACAACUCAGGGAGGUUCAUUAUGGUGGGGACCAAAAAGAUCUAAUUAAACACAGUUCACAUAAAAGCAGGUGGGAGGAACUAAGAAGCGAGGAGAGGAGGCAAGGAAAGGAAUGGAGGAUGUACAAACUGAGAAAUGAGAAGAGAGGAAAGUCUCUCUCUUUCUCUCUCAAUCCAACUGGUCAAGGCAGAUGGCCGCCCACCCAGGUCCCAGUUCUGGUAGAUCACAGCUCAGAUCUCAGCGCCCUGCAGAACUUUCUACAGUGGUGUGACAGAGUGGGUCUGGUACUCAGCAGUAAGGUGUACGUGAGUAAAGAGGGAACAGUGGCAGAAUAUGGGAUGCUGGCAAAGGACAACAUAGAGGAAGGCGAGGUUUUAUUCACCAUUCCCAGAUCAGCUCUUCUUUACCAAGGAACAACCAAGGUGUCGGCCCUGCUGGAGCAAGAGAAAUCAUCUCUGGAGAGCUCGUCAGGCUGGGUUCCUCUGCUGCUGGCUCUGCUGUACGAAUAUACAUCCUCACAGUCCCACUGGAGACCCUACCUCUCUCUCUGGACGGACUUCAGGACACUGGAUCACCCCAUGUUCUGGUCUAAAGAGGAGCGAGACAGACUGUUGAGAGGAACAGGUAUUCCAGAGGCGGUGGACACAGACUUAUCUAACAUCCGGAGAGAAUACACAGACGUGGUCCUGCCCUUCAUCGCCAGGCAUCCUGACUUCUGGAACCCCGACACACACACGCUGGAGCUGUACACGCAGCUGGUGGCCUUCGUCAUGGCGUACAGUUUCCAAGAGCCACAGGAAGAGGAGGACGAUGAAGAGGACGAGGAAGAGGAGAGGGCCACCAACCCACCGAUGAUGGUUCCCAUGGCCGACAUGCUCAACCAUGUGUCCAAUCACAAUGCUAAUCUGGAGUUCACACCGGACAGUUUGAAGAUGGUGUGCGUGCGGCCCAUUCGUAAAGGCGAGGAGGUAUUUAACACCUACGGGCAGAUGGCCAACUGGCAGCUGCUGCAUAUGUACGGCUUCACGGAGCCGUAUCCAAGCAACAGCAACGACACUGCCGACAUCCCCAUCACCAUCCUCCACAAAGUCGUCACUCAAGGUAUUCAGACUGAUGUGGACCGGCAGCUGCUGGAGGAGAAGUGGGAGAUGCUGUGUGAGAUGAUGGAGGAGAAAGCAGCUUUUGUGUUUGGCAAACAGGGCUGCCUCUCAGACACAGAGCUACACACUGUGCUCAAGGUGCUGUGCAUGUCAAAUGAGGAGUUCUCAGAGUUCAAAGAUAAUGAAGGAUGGGAGGAAGAAGAAGAGGAUGAGGAAGAGGCAAAGAUUUCCCUGUCUUUCUCUAACGAGGGACUCCCCGGAUUAAAGGCUCCAUGGAAGCGACUGAUCCAUGAAGCGGCCCGUCUGACUGUGAGCUCCUAUGGAGACGGGCAGGAGAGGAGGAUGGAGGGAGAGGGUGUGGACAGCGACCGGGUUCUGAUAGAGGACAAGGCAGCACGUGCAGGACUGAGCAGCAGGCAGCUGAAUGCACUGCAGGUACGCUACGGACAGAAGAGCAUCCUCAACAGACUGAUGCAGCUCACGGAGUCAUGAGAUCACCUGUGACAGGGACUAUUUUUUUUAUCACGAGGAAAACCGCAACUUCUCUCUCAAUACAUUUACAUGAAUAAAUAUUUUUUUCCUGAAGACAGGUCUUUUUUUUUAACAGCACUCCUGUUAAUAUACACCAUUAGUUGUUGAUAUGCAGGAUAUUUUGCCAUUAUUCUUACAUUAAAAAGGGAUAAUUAUGA